AUGAGCUUCCCACCGGCUCCUCAAUUUGGUGAUAGCAUUCUCUUUGCUAAACCUAGUGUGUCUGAGAAGUCGUUUACUACAAGCCAGGGGAAGGUUAUUAAAUUACGCCGGAAAACAAGAAGAGAUGAUGUCGCGGUGACGUGGAAACAUGAUGAGUCUUAUGGUAUAGACAUUAACAAGCUUUUGGAUCUUGUUGAAGCUUCCAAGGAUCAAAAAAGUGUGAUCAGUCGGCCAGGAAGUAAACAAAGGCAUCAAAGUAUACUUUGGACUGAGAAGUGGAGGCCUAAAACCUUUUUUGAUCUAGUGGGCAAUGAACGCACAAACAGGCGGGUAUUGAAAUGGCUCAGGCAAUGGUCUCCACUGGUGUUUGGUGAAACGCUUCCCAAAGCACCAAGCACAAACUGGCACUCAAAAAAUGACACAAUCUCAGAAGAUCCCCUUCUUAGACCAAAUAAACGAAUCUUACUUAUCAACGGCCCACCAGGUAUCGGCAAAACGUCUGUGGCACAUAUUGUGGCUAAGCAAGCCGGAUACUCUGUGGUAGAAAUAAACGCGAGCGACGAGAGAGCAGGUCCUCGUGUAAGGGACAAGGUCUACAAUGCGCUAUUUAAUCAUACUUUUGAUAACAAGCCUGUUUGCCUGAUUGCAGAUGAAAUUGACGGGAGCGUAGAGAAUGGUUUUGUAAAGGUUUUGAUAGAUAUUGUCAACCACGAUUACAAAGCAACACAGCGGCUCAUUAGUGAGGGCUCCCUUAAGGGUAAGCGAAAGGGACGAAAGAAGUCUUUCAAUCUUCUAACAAGACCAAUAAUAACAGUUUGCAACAACAUAUACGUGAGUGCACUGGACAAAUUGAAACCUCAUUGUGAGAUCGUCACUUUCAAUAGACCUGUAGAGAAUGCCUUGCUUGACAGACUUGAGCAAGUAUGUCGUAAAGAGAAUUUACGCCUCGAUAAAAAAGCCUUGAAGGAGAUCACGGAGCUAGCACAAGGAGAUAUACGAAAUUGCCUCAAUAGCUUGCAGUUUUUAGCCUCGAAUGAUUGUUCUGAUCCAUCUUUCACCUCUGACAAGGAUGAUCAGUCAAAAGACACGAGCCUUUCUUGGUAUAGGAUCUGCAACAAAAUAUUCAAAAGAGAUCCUCACGUGGAUACGCGACAUCAAUUUAAAAGCUUGUUGAGACAUGUGGAGGCCAAUUCGAAUUUCGAGAAGAUCAUUCAGGGUUGUUUUACGCUAUAUCCAGAUGUUAAAUACUCCGAUAAUGGUGUGAACAAACCUAGCAUGCUUUCUGAUUGGCUAUACUUCAACGAUCGAAUGUUCAAUUCACUUUUCGAACAUAAUGGUGACCUGAUCCGAUACAGCGCAGUUGUUCCAAUGGUGUUUUUCCAGCAUUUUAGUGACAUUGCAAACAAAGAAGAUCUUCGCAUCAAAACUAAUGAUUACGAGCUCAGAGAGCGCCAAAAGAGCAUAGCUGAUUUGUUGAAGUUAAUCUGUGCUCGUAUUCCCAUUGGGGCGCGUGUUUAUAUGGAUCGAGAAUCGUUAAUACAAGAGAUUCUACCAUUGUUGGACUACAUAAUCGCUCCUGAUAUCGGAAAGAUUAGAAAUAUUCAACUAAAGCAGACUAUUCUCAACAGUGUGGUGGCUGCAAUUGAAGGGCUUGGCUUAGGAUUUGGAGAGACCAACGAAGCUGAGGUAGCUAAUGUCAUAUGUAUAGAUCCUCCAUUCCACAAAAUAUCUAUUCUGGAUGAAAAGAGGUUGAAAGAGGUGAUAAUCAAAAGGCCAGCAUUGCUCAAUCUUAUUUUGGCAAAGGUACAGGAGAGUAAGGUGAAAAAAAGAACGGUUUCCAGAGUUCUCAAGGAAAACGAAAACGCGUCUGUAGCCAACAAAAGACAGAAAACUUCUAAGGGAAGCAAUUCUAAUCCAAUUGAGUUUUUCAAAUCACAGUAUGGAACCAUGCAGAAAAAACCUGAUAAUCAAAGUGUGGAGGAAGCGAAUGCAGACAACACCUCAGAGAAUGUCAGAAUAUGGGUACAGUACAACGAAGGAUUUUCCAAUGCCGUUAGAAAGAACGUGACAUGGAGCUCUUUAUGGCAAUAG